AUGGCGACAAAUCGAAUUACAGAUGCAAAACUUGAAGGCUUAUUUUGGGUUUAUACACACAAUGGCGUCGCACGACGUAGCUCCAACGGUGAGUAUGGAGCGCAUGAUUUAGCCUAUGGCAACUCUCCUAAGCCUUAUGUUGACGUUGUACUAUCAGGAGGAUUAGGAGAGUACAAAGUAAAAGCAGUAAUAGAUGCCAAUGAUUUGGGCGAUGGACAAUUGGUGGGUGGUCCAAAACAAGCGAAUAAUGCAUGUUUUUUGAAACUCUGUGCUUGUUGUAUACCUCAGGGUGUGGAUGAGGUGCCACCGUCAGUUCUUACACAGAAUAAAAAAUUGCAAUGCUGA